ACUGACUUGACAGAAGAAUAGUAUAUUGGAAUUCCAGCAGGCAGAACACUUCCUCAACCCUAGCCAGUCCCCUAAUAAACCAGUCAAUACUGACGUAUCUCGACUGUGGGUGAGAGAUCUACGACAAACCGGCUCGUCUCGUAUUUGUUAUCAGUCAACGUCGGGUGGUCGUCGAGUUUGGUUUAAUAACAUUUAUUUGACCGCAAGGCGCACAACAAGCCAUAGAAGUUACUCUAACAUGUCUGAGCAGGCGUAUUUUGUGGGCGUGGACGUGGGCACGGGAAGUGCGAGGGCAGCACUCGUUGCCGCCGAUGGGCGUGUCCAGGAGCAGGCUGUGGAGGCGAUCAAGACGUGGACACCCGAGCCCCACUACUACGAACAGUCCAGCGAAGACAUUUGGCAGGCAAUUUGCAAGGUCGUCAAGCAUGUUAUUGCGGGUGUCGAUAAACAGAAAGUGAAGGGCAUUGGCUUCGAUGCCACCUGUUCGCUGGUCAUCCUUGGCAAUGGAGGAACUCCCGUCACUGUGAGCAAAAGCGGCAUAGCCGAGCAGAACAUAAUACUGUGGAUGGAUCAUCGUGCCGAGCAGGAGACGGCACAGAUCAAUGCUGCCAAGCAUCCACUCCUUAAAUAUGUGGGUGGCCAGGUGUCGCUGGAGAUGGAAAUACCCAAGUUGCUGUGGCUCAAGCGGCAUCUGCCCAAGAGUUAUGGCAGCAUCUGGCGGGCUUUCGAUCUGCCUGAUUUUCUGACGUGGCGUGCCACCGAAGUGGAUACACGUUCGCUCUGCUCUGUGGUCUGCAAGUGGAACUACGAUGCGGCAGCGCACAGCUGGAACAGCGAGUUCUUGCGUGGCGCUGAUCUCGAAGAGUUGACCAAAGAUAAGUUCGCAGCACUUGGCAGCGAUGUCCAGCCACCAGGCAAACCGGUGGGCAAGGGACUGUCUCAGCGUGCAGCCAACGAAUUGGGCCUGCAAGUGGGCACCGUGGUCAGCACAUCGUUGAUCGAUGCUCACGCCGGCGCUCUGGGCAUGUUUGGUUGUCGGGCGGACAGCAGCAGCAGCAAAAACGACGAUGUGCAGGGCAAGAUGGCGUUGAUUGCGGGCACUUCCACCUGCCAUAUGAGCAUCACACGCAACGCUUGCUUUGCUAAGGGUAUCUGGGGUCCUUAUCAAGAUGCCAUCAUUCCAGGCUACUUCCUUAACGAGGGAGGUCAGUCCGUAGCCGGCCAUCUGCUGGAUCAUGUGCUCAAGACACACGAAUGCUACUUUGCGCUGAGCAAGAAGUUGGGCGGUGACAAAUUCAUCUAUCAACAUCUGAAUAAGCUGCUCGAAAAGUUGGCUGCCGAGCGUGGAUUUAGCAGUGUGCACUGCCUGACGCAGGACAUUCAUGUGUGGCCGGAUCUGCAUGGCAAUCGUUCUCCGGUGGCAGAUGCCACGCUGCGUGGCACAAUCACUGGUUUGGACAUGACGCGCGGCGUUGAAUCUCUGGCCAUCAAGUACUUGGCCUUCACCCAAGCUCUUGCUUAUGGCACGCGGCACAUCAUCGAGAAUCUGUACGAGCACCAGCGAGCGGCGUUCCAGACGCUGCUCUUCUGCGGUGGCCUGGCCAAGAAUCCACUUUAUGUGCAGUGCCAUGCGGACAUUUGCAAUCUGCCUGCGCUGAUACCCAACGAACAGGAGAUGGUGCUUGUGGGAGCAGCUGCUCUGGGCGCUGCCGCCGCUGGACACUACGAAAGCGUGGAGAGCGCCUCGAAAGCCAUGGGCGGCACUGGGCAGUUGCUGAAGCCGAAUCCCGACACUGUGGAGCUGCACAAUCGCAAGUACAAGGUGUUCCUCAAGCUGCUGGAACAUCAGCGCCAGUACAGAGACAUAAUGCAGGGCAGGCAGACUUAAGAGACGGAGACGAAGUCGAACACGUCAAAACGAAUUUUAUGAAUCCACGAAAUUGCUCAGUAAUAAACGCUAAUUGAGAUUAGACAAA